GGAACACUCUCCCUCGUGAGCGCCUCUAGCGACCUCAAGCCUCUGCCGCGACGGAAUCGCUGCCAUAUUCUACCUAAGAACCUUGACAUCCGCACCAUUUCUUUGAUAAAGUUCGUGCUCAGAGUCACUCGAGCAGACAGCAUCUCAGUCUCGGAUCCUUUUCCCCACAGACUCGCCCCCUGCCGGCUAUUCCACAGAGCAGUCCGGUACACGAGAACAGGCAAACUCUUCAGCCAUGGCUGCCUCGAGCGAUGCCGGCUACAUGAUGUCAGAUGCGCCGUCACUGGCUGCUGCCGCACAGAAACGACCGCUCGGCUUUCCCUCGUCAUCAUCAGCUCGCCCCAGAGGCCCGCCGUCCGAGAACCUCGGAGCCGCCAGCGACGACGAAGGAGAUGGCUUUGCCGACGACCAGGUUCCGCGAAGCUCACGCGGCGCCAAAGCCGCCACUGUAUCCCGCGUCGAGGACAGGAUUGGCUCUCUUGUCCAAGAACACUUUGAGGCCUUCAUCGAAAGCUUCGUCGAGGACCCUCUAUCAUCCGGGGCGCCCCCUUCGAGCGCUGUCACAACCGACAAAUAUUACGUCGCUCAAAUCAAAGGCAUGCGCAAUUACCAGCUGUCGACUUUCUAUGUCGAUUACCGCCAUCUCGCAUCUUGGGAGAAUGGGAGCUUGGCGGACGGUAUUAUGCGCCAAUACUACCGAUUCCUGCCAUUCCUCACUGCGGCACUUCACAACAUGAUCGCCAAAUACGAGCCCCAAUACUUUCGCGAGCAUCGCCAGCCGACAGCCUCGAGUAAUCUAGCGACGUCGGCUGCGAGCCAAGUCGGCUCCGGCAGCCAGAGCGAGGCGUCACACCGAAAGAACGAACACCAGCAGACAGACAAGCUCUUCUCAAUCGCCUUCUACAAUCUGCCCCUUGUCUCUCGUGUCCGCAGUCUCCGAGCGGCAAACAUUGGUCAGCUUCUGUCCAUAUCUGGAACCGUCACGCGAACCUCGGAAGUGCGCCCCGAGUUGUCCUUGGCCACCUUCAUGUGUGAGGCAUGCCGGGCCGUCGUCCCCAAUGUCGAGCAGACUUUUCGCUAUACGGAACCGACGCAGUGCCCCAACGAUACGUGCUCUAAUCGCGUUGGGUGGCGUCUCGACAUUCGUCACAGUACCUUUGUCGAUUGGCAAAAGGUCCGCAUUCAAGAAAACAGCUCGGAGAUACCCACGGGUAGCAUGCCGAGAACCCUCGAUGUCAUCCUGCGCGGUGAGAUUGUCGAUCGGGCCAAGGCAGGCGAGAAAUGCAUCUUCACGGGUGCUCUGAUUGUCGUCCCAGACGUUAGCCAGCUCGGGCUACCGGGACUGCGACCGACCGCCAUCCGAGACGAUCGCGGAGCCCCUCGAGGAGCUGAUGCAGGCGGAAGCGGUAUCAGCGGCCUCAAGGCGCUCGGUGUUCGCGAUCUAACAUACCGGUUGGCGUUUCUUGCUUGCAUGGUUGUAACCGACACCACGGCGACUGGGCAGUCUGCAGCCAGUGGCGCCGCCGAUGUGAUCAAUGCUCUGACACAAAACAACGCUGCGGAUGGCGCCGAGUCCGUUGAAGAGGCCCAGGCGGCUGUCCUUGCGUCGAUGAACCCCUCAGAGAUCGAUGACCUGCGAGCCAUGGUGCACGGUGACCACAUCUACUCGCGCAUGGUACAAUCUAUCGCGCCCAUGGUGUACGGCCAUGAGGUGGUGAAGAAGGGCAUUCUCCUCCAGCUCAUGUCGGGUGUGCACAAGUCGACUGCCGAGGGUAUGCAGCUUCGAGGCGACAUCAACAUCUGCAUCGUUGGCGAUCCUUCUACUUCCAAGUCACAAUUCCUCAAGUAUGUCUGCUCAUUCGCUCCUAGAGCUGUGUACACGAGUGGCAAGGCCUCCUCCGCAGCCGGUCUUACGGCCGCAGUGGUCAAGGACGAAGAGACUGGAGAGUUUACGAUUGAAGCUGGAGCCCUCAUGCUGGCGGACAACGGUAUCUGCGCCAUUGACGAAUUCGACAAGAUGGACAUCGCCGACCAGGUCGCCAUUCACGAGGCCAUGGAGCAGCAGACCAUCUCCAUUGCCAAGGCGGGCAUCCAAGCAACAUUGAAUGCUCGCACCAGUAUUCUCGCCGCUGCCAACCCAGUAGGGGGUCGCUACAACCGCAAGUCCACGCUCCGGAGCAACAUCAACAUGUCCGCACCCAUCAUGUCCCGUUUUGAUCUCUUCUUCGUCAUCCUCGACGAGUGCAACGAGCAAAUUGACCGCCACCUGGCGGAGCACAUUGUCGGCAUUCAUCAGCUGCGAGACGAAGCUGUCGAGCCUGAAUUCAGCACAGAGCAACUGCAGCGGUACAUUCGCUUUGCCAGGACAUUCCGACCUGAGUUUACCGACGAGGCCAAGGAGGUACUGGUGGAAAAAUACAAGGAGCUGCGGGCCGACGACGCACAAGGUGGCGUUGGCAAGAACUCCUACCGCAUUACCGUCCGACAGCUGGAGAGUAUGAUUCGGCUGAGUGAGGCUAUUGCCAAGGUCAACUGUGUCGAGGAAAUAUCGCCUGAAAUGGUGGUCGAAGCCUACGAUUUGCUUCGUCAGAGUAUCAUUUCCGUUGAGCACGACGACGUGGAAGUUCUUGAUGAAGAGGAGACCCAGGAGGACAGUGCCACUCUCCGGCAAGCCGCAAAUGCCGCGUCUGGGAGAGAUGGCGAGGGUGAUUCUCCGAUGGAUGCUGCGCCAGGCGAAGCCUCGUCCGACGCCAGGAGAAAACACACCAUCUCCUACGAGAAGUAUAUCAAGAUGGUCAACAUGUUGGUUCAGCGCAUCAGCGACGACGAGAGUGGGAGCGGCGAUGGGGUCGAGGGUGAAGCCCUCAUCAACUGGUACUUGGAGCAGCAGGAGGAUGAACUCGAGGGUGAAGAUAGCUACCACGCAGAAAAGGCACUGGCAAGCAUCGUGCUCAAGAAGAUGGUCAAGGACAACAUUCUUAUGGCUCUCAGAGGAGAAGGCCUCGUGGACGGAGAGGCGGCUUCGGCGACUUCUGCGGGUGUUGUCUACGUACUACAUCCCAACUGCGCGGUCGAGGAGUUUUGAGGCGACACGGACGCGCGCGCACCGCGAGUGGAGCAGCAGCGGUCGGCUUCAGCCAUGAGUUACGUUUGUGUAUAAUGAAGGAUGGGUAGGGGUAGACGGGUGCUUUUUGCAUGCUCGGGGACGGGACAAUCUUUCACUACAUGGGGGAGUGAGGAGUUGGGGAGCAAAGGUGCUGGCUACCCGCAGGUCAGCAGCAAGGGACAAUAUCUAGCCAACACGGCCCGUAAAAGGGAGCCGCACAAAGGAUGUACUUACUGUAAGCAAAAUAUGAGCCCACGGGUUGGGCAGCCAUCGAAUUACAACAG